AUGGCGCUCGCCCUGCUCCACUGCGUCCAGCUGCCGAUGCACUUCUCCUCCCUGAGCUGGAAGCUGCUGCUGGGCCAGCCCAUCGCGGCGUCCGACAUCGAGUCGGCGGACCCGCACUUCUUCAGAAACCGCGUCGCUGCGGUCCUGAGACCUGGAGGCGUGGAGGAGAUGGCCGCGAUCCUCGGCGAGCCCCUGCGCUUCGCCUCGGCGCCCGGCCCGCUGUGCGCCGAGGAGGUGGAGCUGGUGCCCGGUGGGCUGCUCCGCCUCGUGACGGAGGACAACAACUGGAGUACGUCCAGAGGCUGUGCGAGUUCCACAUCUCGGCACGCCUCUGGCCAGUUGGGCCCGCGGAUUGCGCCAGGGUUUUCAGGACCUGGUGCCCCUGGACUCCUUGUGCAGCGAGAAGGACCUGAGCGGGCACGACCUAGAGCUGCUCGUGGCGGGCUUGCCGAGUAUUGA